UGAGCUGACGAUAUGGUUACAAUUGGAAGACAUGAUGAAUCGACAGCUCACCACAGAAUUCUCGCACGACGAGGAUCCGAACGCUCUCACGCAGGAUCUGGUCACGCAUGGAUUCAUAUGCGAGUCGGAUGCCGAGCGACUAGGCGCUGUACUGACGGCUGCACUGAAGGCAUCGGCAGAUUUGGCACAGUCGACUGGUGAUGACAUAACCACUGGUUCGUCGAUGUACGCACUCACGGAGGAAGCAGCUCGUCGUUUGGAUCCACAACCACCGGCACCGGCACCGGCACCGCCUGCC